AUGCGCGAAUCUCAUUGUUCACGCCAAGAAAAGGAGGUUAACCACGGCGUAUUGGACAUAUUUAGAUUUGUUUGCCUGCUAGCGCUUGUUGCCUCCUGGUUGAUUGUCUCAUGGAUGUACAGUAACGGAUACGAUGAAGAAGACGUGAACUUAUUUACUUCUACGCCAUCAUUAGGUGAGGAGAUCGAGAAAGUCAAAGAGAACUACAUGAAACAAGAGCUGAGCAUUCAACUUGGAAAUACAUUCGAUCAUUUGAACAGUGUUAAAGCUAACAACUCUCAUCAGCUCCCUUCACGACAAUUCGCUGGACGCACGGCUGAACAAAUGUGUGAAUCCAAUACCGAAGCCGAAUGUGUACAGGCUUUUGCCAGGAUUCGUCCUCUUAUUGUGACCGCUCCAAAUUAUCGCCUCAUGUCCUGCAUCAACCAGAAAAGUAUGUCCACAGUAAUGUCAGGAAUAUUUUGCUACCUGUACAAAGAGAAGGAAUUUAUUAGUGGCGGCAGGAAUAUUCUCAGGGAAUUGUCCGAUAUUGUGUUGUGUCAAGGAGAGAACACUUAUAAAACUGUUGAUGGUAUGUUACAAAUUUUGAAUAUUUCAAAUGCAUCCGACUGGAAGUUCACAAUGGUCACACGUGAUCCGGUUGAUCGAUUUCUCUCUGGUUAUAUUGACAGAUGUUUACGGCGGUGUAAUAUGCAGGAUUACUAUAAGAACUACGAAUUUAUUCGAUAUUCAAGUGAUCCAAGCGAAACAUUGCUGACGGAUUUGAGUAGAGUGCUUCGAAUGCAAAACGUAACGGAAGCGUCGAUCAACUACAUUGCCGAGUCGUUGAAAGCCGGCCGAACCAUACACAGUACCGUAACCUCGUCGUCACGAGCGUUUCUCGAAGAACGUCUCAGAAACAGUCCCUACCUGAUGGAAUUGAUUGUACGCUUGUUCUACUACGACUAUAAACUGCUCGGAUAUCGUCUUCCUGAUCUAGACACCAUUGAUUCUCAAACAACAUCUAUUCCAAUAUCUAGGAGUAAUUAA